AUGUCACCCUCAAGCACUGACCAAAGCACGUAUCCGUCUAUCACAGCGCUCAAGUCUCUGCUCACUACAACCCUCCGUAUCACAACCACCGAUAAUCGAGUUUUUAUCGGCACAUUCAUGGGCACCGAUCAACUUCUGAAUAUCAUCCUCGUCAACACUGAGGAAUAUAUUCUGGGAAACGAAGCUAGUCGAUUCGUCGGCCAAGUCAUGCUUCCCUGGCGUCUUGUCCUUCAUGUCGAAGCAUUUGACAAGCAGAAUACUUCAAAUGGCAAAUCAAAGGAUAACAGGAGCUUGUACAUCUAA